AUUAUUAGUUUAACCAGGUUGUGUUUAUUAAAUUCAUUAAAGCAGUGGAUAAUUGUUGUCAAAUUAUCAAACCAGCUAUAAAUUAUAUCACUAAUUAAUAAUAUAUUACUAAUAUUAUUAGUAAUAUAGCUGGGUUUAUAACAAUAAUUAGCAUGUAGUAGCAGGCAUUUAUGAUUAACAGUGAUAAAUUAUAUCAUCAAUUACAAGCUUGGCGCUGUAAUCUCCUUGUUUAAAGCAAGAUGUCUGGCAAUAUCCAAACAAGGGAAUCAAUAAAAGUUUAAAAUGAAUUCAAUAAUGCAAGUCUUGUUUAAAAGAGCUUGCAUUCAUCUUAUUCAGUUGUCACAUAUACGAGUGCAGUCAUCACUACAGGGAAAGAAAUAUUUAACAUCAGUACAUCUAGAAGAUAUUGUUGAGUCACUAAGUUCUGAAACAUCUGCAGGGUUUCAGCAAAAACUAAUUGAUUUAGAUAACCAUAAUAAGUAUUGGCCAUUUGAACUAACUGGACAAAAAUCAUUAGCAUCAUUGGUGCAUAAAUUAUACUGUGAGAAUCGCCAUAGUGAUAUAUCGUUAAUCUCAGGAAAAUUAAAUUCCAUAAAUUACGAUAUUUGGGGUGGUUUGGCAACCACAAUUUUAUAUUCAGCCAUUGAUCAAAAGAAAUGGAAAGAGACUUUUUUGUUGUUUGAGAGUAUGAGAGACAAAGGUCAGCUGAAGCAUGUGCGGUUGUACAAACGUCUUAUUGUGGAACUAGUUGAAGACGAUAAAGUUAGUGAUGCGCUGAAAUAUUUCAAUGAACUAUCAGGUUUGGAGUCUCAUCUAACAAGGCUUAAAUCAUCUGAUGUGCUAAUGUUGAUUUCUAUGAUAAAAGCAGCGUUCCGUAACAAAACUCAAAUUUCAGUUUUACUUAUUGAGAGUCUGUUGGUAUAUUUGGAAACUAAAGAUGGCAGGCUUUUAUAUGGAGUUAUUUUAGAACUGUUGCAAUAUUUUAGAAGCAGCGUAAACCAUUUAGUAAAACAGGCAGAAUUUAGCAACAAUACUUGUUUAAACUGCUCUUGUAAGUUAGUUGAUAAACCAAAUUAUGAAGUUGUUUGCAAUACGAUUAUAAAUUCUAUUGAAAGAACAAACGAUUUAGAUUUAAUUGAUGAAAUGAUUGAAACUAAAAAUGGUUUUCAUAUCAUUAUAGACAGUGGUAAUGUUCUUUUUCACGGUAAAGGGAAAAUACAGCGUAUUCUUUCCAACAGCAGUUUAAAACAUAUUUUGCUAGAUGUUAAAAAGAAAUUCGAUAAAGUUGACAUUCUGCUUGUUUUUCCUACAAAUUAUUCAGGUUAUGAUGACUUAAGCUACUUUCAAGAACUAUCUAGCAAAGUGAGCUGUUUUGUGCCUAAAAUUACUCAUGACGAUCAGCUAAUUUUGUAUGCGGCAGCCAAAAGCGAAUUAAAAAAAAAAUUAGUUUGUAUGGUUUCAAAUGAUAACUUUACAGACCAUACGUAUCUUGCUGCGAGUUUUAUAAACAACUGGAUUCGAUUUUUACAUGACAAAUUAAACCCCUUUAAUUUAAAUGGUUCAUUAGAAGAUAAAACAUUGAUGCCGCCUGUUAUUUUAAGUAAUACAAAUAUUCAUUUAUUUGAUGGUUCAAGCUUAUGGUGUAUAAAUAAAUAAAGUUUUAUUUUUAA